AUGUCAGCUUCAGGCGCGAGUCCAGGCGCAGAUGAUGUGUUCGACUCGGCAUGGCUACCUUAUACGAACUGGAACGCUGCCCCCAGGCAUUCGGGAAACCCCCUCGCAUCAAGUUUCGCAACACUGAUCAUGCCGGUUAUCUUGCGCUUACCAAAGUUCGGAUCACUCGGCACUAUGAUCUCGUUUGAAGACAGCAGUGCCUUUGAGGCUAUCUUCAGGAAUAUCUUGCACGAAGGCUCCUUUCAACUUGUACGCCAACAAAGCAUCGAUCGUCAAAUCAUGUACAUGAUCUUUCAUCGAUUAGUCAACGACGGUAAUGCUAUCCAGGCGCUCAUUAGCCCCGAGACUAAGCUCGACCGAUUCCUCAGAGAAGGGAUAACUUAUUGCCUCUCACUUGGAAACGAAGUUCUCAUGAACAUCAUCAAUGCCACUCCCUCUCCCUACGAUCUGGCAUUAAUACAGAACAUCUUCUGUGCAGCGCUGAUUCUGGGGAAUGGACCCGUCUUGAGUAUGAUCAUGAGAAUGGAUAGAGAAAGAUUUGUGGAUCGCCCCGUCACCAUAGGAUAUGCUCAAUAUUACCCAUUGGAGUAUACAAGUCUCAAAGGAUACCUGCAAGCAACACAAGUCCUCCUCGAAUUCGGCGCUGAUCCUAAUCAGCAGAUGUUCGCGGAUCACAUGCUGAUCUUAGCGGGGACUUUACCAGCCGAACACCCAGGCUAUGCAGUUGGACUUCAAAUCUUGCGACUGUUGUUUGACCAUGGUCUAGAGUUCGAAUCAUCAGAGUCUAGGUCCAUCGCGAUACUCUUGUCACGGUGCGACCAACAGUAUUUACCACUAUUAGCCACUCACUGCCGGGACAUGAGCUUUCAAAUCUUCUUUCAGAAACGCGCUUUGCCGUGUAUAUUGUGGCGAACAGACUUGGACGAUUCCUUCUUCGAGAUACUGGAAACAAUCCUGGACCGAGCUUCAUCAGCUAGCAGCGGUCACCGAGAUCUUUGGAACGAGGUGUUAUCUACUUCCCUGUAUUGUACAGUUCUACGCAACUAUGUUUCGGCCUUCGAUCUUUUGCUUGCAAAGGGCGCGAUGCCAGAUGAUAUUUGCUUGACCGGUGCUGUCAGAGGCAACGAUUUGAAAAUCCUUGUAGAGUUUCUGGAUCGUGGUCUAGACCCCAACGCCGAAGUUACUAUACCCUACUGCGAGGAACCAACUACGCGCCCAUUACAGCCCGAGAUUUGUACGGCGUUAGGCGAAGCCAUUACGAAUCGAUCCAAGGGAGCGUUCGAGAUACUUCAAGCGCGGAGAUAUGUCUCUGAACUGGCCCAUCAAUCGGCUGGCUUUGUUCACGCCUUCGUAGCAGCGUGUCAGGUUGGGGACAGCAGGCUUAUGAGUCUGCUGCUGCAAUUGCAAAGCUUUCCUAGCAGGCUUAAGAACAUAGAGAACGCUCUUGAAGCUGCCAUGGGAGAGAAUCAACACCACAUUAUCGAACAGCUCCUGUCUCUGGGCAUCAGGCCGUCCCUGAGGUGCCUAUACAAAGCGAUUCAAAGCAGGCGACUAGAACCUGUCAAGCUGUUGACGAGUUGUAUGGACAUAUACGGCAUCUUGAGAGAAAACGACGGGUUUUACAGAAAGUAUGAUCCCGUUCGGGAUGCUGAAGGUCGUUUUUACCCGGAGUACGACAACGUCAUACUCUUUGAAGUGUUGAGCUGGGGUAAUCAAAUCGCAAUUGAUUGCGUACUUCGAAGUGGACACCCUGUCAACGUGUCCAUCCGGCCAAAGUUCAAUGAGUUUCACGACUGGAAAUUAGACUUGCGACCACCUGGGCGUGCUGACUAUUGGAACAUAACCCCCCUUAGCGCCGCUAUCGUGAAGCGGAACUCAGCAGCAGUAAAAGCAUUGAUUGCAUACGGUGCACGACUUCUGCUACCACAUCAGUUCAACUCACAAUACACAUCGCACCAAUCUACCCCCAUUGCGUCACGGUAUUCAUAUUUCGUGGACGAUGGGUGGAAUCUAACACCGCUUGCUGCCGCUGUAUUCACAAACGAUCUCCCUUUACUGGAAGAGUUCCUGCGCCUGAGAGCGGACCCCUUCGAUAAUAGCGCUCUUUUCGUAUGCAUCAUGCGCGACUUCGAAGAUGCCAUGGCGGUGAUACUCUCCGCUUUUAGGGCACGAUACCCAGACGGGGUACAUUAUUUUGGCUCAGAUGCACUCUAUCAAGCCAUAAGACGCAAGAACAUGCGACUUCUUAGGCUUCUCGCAAUGAAUACCGAUAUCACAGGGCCCGUUGAAGAGAAUUGGAGAACCACGCCUGACGGCCAUGGGCGGUUUCGACCAAGUGCAUAUUUUACGAGUCCACUUGGCGAAGCAUUCCGUCUUUUCUCCGAAGGUGAUGACACUGGCGAAGUUAUUGACGUUCUCCUGCCUCUGGUUAAAGACCACAACACUAUUGUACAUCAAGACUUCAAACUUGGUAACAUGACUAGCCUACUCCACGCAAUCUCUUUGGGCUCUUUGGACAUCGUUCAGAGGUUACAACAAGCAGGCGCCAACAUAUCCUUACCAGCCGAAGUGACGGUUACUCGAACACCACUGCAGGCGGCAGCACAAGCGGAAAGCAAGGAAAUCGUAGAGUAUCUGCUAGACCAGGGAGUCAGUCCAAACGAGUCUCCAGCGAUCCGAGCAGGAGCAACGGCUCUCCAGCUAGCGGCGAUCACAGGGAAUAUCAAUAUCGCAACAAUCUUGCUCAAGGCAGAAGCCAACGUCAAUGCGCCACCAGCAUUUUUUGAUGGCAGAACGGCGUUCGAAGGCGCCACGGAACAUGGCCGUAUUGAGAUGAUGAUCUUCCUCGUUGGUCAAGGCGCCGAUCUCCUUGCAGAUGGCAACGCGCAAUAUAGACGUGCUGUUGCGUUCGCGGAAAACAAUUUGCAGUACGCUGCGAAGGCAGUCGCAGACGAGCUGUACACAAAGGCUCUCGCUAGCCAAGGACCGAGCUUCAUUGACAUGGGUGAGCCGUGGGCUGAGGCUGAGAUGCCAGACUUUGGGACCCUCUUUCCAUAA